CCAUCCAAACCCUGAAAGAGGAAAAUGAAGCUCUGAGGAAAAAUAUCUCAGAGCUAAAGGAACAGCCUCCUCCAUCCUGUCCUCCACCUCCUGCAGUAAAAAAUCUGACAUGUCUGAAGUGUGAAGAAGGCUGGGAGCCACAUGGAGGAAACUGUUAUUAUUUUAACACCAAUAAAUCCUCCUGGAAUGACAGCAGAAGUUCCUGCGUUGAUCGUGGAUCAGACCUGGUGAAGAUCGACAGCAGAGAGGAGCAGAUGUUCCUGGAAUCUAAACUGAAGGAGAAACUGAAGACGCCUCUGGACGCGUUCUGGAUCGGACUGACGGACUCACAGGCAGAAGGCAGAUGGUUCUGGGUGGACGGGUCGCCUCUGGACCCACGUUUAAGUUUCUGGUCUGAUGGAGAACCAAACAACUGGGCCGGACAGAACCCAGCAGGAGAGGACUGUGUGAGGAUGGAGAAGAAAGAAAACAGCGUAGAUCUGAAGAGUUGGGAUGAUCAUUCCUGUCAUGUUCAACUCAAAAGUAUCUGUGAGAAACCAGCAGAAAUGUGAUUGUUUUCAUCAGGUACAAACGUUUAAGACGUUUCUU